AUGGCCGUCUCCAGGCGUUGGCACCGUAUCGGGGGAUCGGACUUCAUGUGGCUCCCCCUAUACUCUCGAAGGUUCGGUCCCGCCGCCAGCCUUCCUGAGCUAUUCGAGCGCGUCGGACUCGACCCCGGCGACACGGCAGCGGCAUCCAAAAGGCGGUCUGGGAUGGUUCGCUUCGCCUUUCGCUCGAGACUGGCGUGUCCAGUCGUGGGGGAUCACGUCGAGGUGGCCUGGAAGGGAAAGUUCAGGCUGGACGAUUGCAUGGUGUUCGUCGGGCUGUCGUGGUGGGACGCUAAGGUAGUGGCCGUCGAGCUCGGCGAGAGUCUCCCCUGUACCACCCCUGACGACGAGGAUGGAGAGGACGGCAGAGUCGAUCGGAGAGGCGCGACCUGCAUGGGCGAGAGGCGGCCUAAGCGGUUCCUCGUGCACUACCGCUCGUGGAGCAGGCGAUGGGACGAGUGGUUGGAGCCCUCCAGGGUUCGUUGGGCACGAAAGAUGCCCACGGAGGCGUGUGGACAGACGUCAGCGUCGGCUGGACCAGAGCUGGAGGUGGACCAAGAGGCGGAGCUUUGGUGCCACGGCGGUUCUGGCGGGGGUGCGUGGCUAGAGGCGCGGGUUCAUAAGGCAAGUGUCAUGGGCUGA